GCAUGGCCGCAUCGGACUCGUCCCUCCCAUUUCUCCAAGCCACUUUAUUCCCUCAUUUCAACCCCCUCCAUUUCUUCUUCUCUUCCUCUCGGAGGUGAAAAUAAAUGACUGCUUUUACCUCCCUUCUUUCCCUCCCUUAUAAAACAAACUCUCUCUGCGCUCCCCACCCCCGGGCGCCCAUUUUUCUUUCUUUGAAUUCCGAUAAUUUCCCUCUAAAUUCCCUCUCUCUCGAUUGCUCGGUUGUUGUUAUUGUCCUUGGAGCUGGGGUAUGGACUGGGAAUCGGUGCCAUGCGGCCUGAGGAUGGUGGAGGAGGUUUUCCGGGACUUCAAGGGCCGGAGGGCCGGGAUCGUCAAAGCCCUUACCACCGAUGUGGAGGAUUUCCACCAGCACUGUGAACCUGAUUGUCAAUCAGAUAGGAUUUUAUGGUUCCAUCUGAAUGAUUCUUGUUGCAGAAAAGGAGAAUUUAUGCCUUUAUGGAUAUCCUGAUGAACAGUGGGAAGUUAAAAUCCCUUCAGAAGAGAUGCCUCCAGUGAUCCCAGAGCCUGCGUUGGGCAUUAACUUUGCGAGAGAUGGAAUGCAAGAGAUAGACUGGCUCUCUCUAGUCGCUGCACACAGUGAUGCAUGGUUACUUUCUGUUGCAUUUUAUUUUGGUGCUAGAUUUGGAUUUUAUCAAGAUGACAGGAAGCACCUCUAUGGCUUGAUUAACAGACUGCCUACCAUAUAUGAAGUUGUGAAUGUAAAGAACAUAGUGGAAACAACGGGUACCAAUCACAGCAGUAACAAAUCCAAGUCAAACUCUAAACUGCGUGCAUCAGAGCCCCAGGCCAAGUAUGCAAAGGGGCAGCUUAAGGAAGAAGAUGAAGGUCUGGAUGGGGAAGAUGAAGAAGAGCAUGUGGAGAUUGUUUGUUCUGCGUGUGGGGACAACUAUGCAUCAGAUGAUUUGUGGAUCUGCUGUGACAUAUGUGAGAAGUGGUUUCAUGGCAAGUGUUUUAAGUUCACCCCAGUUAGAGUUGAGCACAUCAAGCAGUACAAGUGCCCAUCAUGCGGCAACAAGAGAGCUCACUCCUCCUGAGUUUUGGUGCAAGAUUCUCUUCGUUGCAUUUUGGUGGCAAAUUUUCUGCCCAAUUCAUAGGAAAAGGUGGUUCGUCCUGUUAACUCAUAUCUCUGGCUACUUGGAUAAAGAAACUCCAGUUCUCUUCGCGGCGGCUGUGAGCAAUUCUGUGACUCUUCUUCUGCUCUGUUUCUGUGGCUACAAGGAUAAACUCUGGCUGGCUUUCUCCAUGUUGUUCCUCCUGGUGCGGACAUUCCUCUCUCUCUCUCUGAAUAUCUCUUUGGAUCUCAAUUCUGUCAGAUUACAUUUCCCUCUAUGGGUGUAGUUCUGUUAAUCCGGUUUCCAUUAUCUUUGUUGUACUGUUUUUCUCUCCUCCUCAUCUAUUCUUUGUAAAUAUCAUGUAAGCUUUGUCUUUUGGGGUAUAUUUUGGUUGGGUAAAUGACUUCUAUUCCAGUCUGUUUGGUCUCGAGGAGUCCCAUCCCCAUUCCUUAGGACGAGAAUGCCCCAAUCAUUUCAAACCUAAUCCCUACUAUUCUAUAGUAUUCAAAUUUCAUUUCGAUUUCAGUCACGAACCAAACAUAAUAAGAGAUAUGGUCAUUCUAAUUUUCAUUCCAAACCAUUCCGAUUCUGAUUUUAAUUUUGAUUUUUUCUAAAUGCGGUUUUAGUUGCUUUAAUAAAUUCUUGGUGGACUUUUCCAGUGUCCUUUCAAUUAAAAAAAACUCAUGCAAGGAUCCUCCUGUUUAAUGCUGUACGAUCUUCCAACUGGAUGUAGAAUUUUAUCUAUCUUGUAGUCAUGCUUAGAUGCUUUUUUGUAGGCAUUAUUGUUCUCCCGUGGUUUAGUGAAUGGUGUUGGCUUUUGUUGAUUCUUCCGUAACAUUCUUCCGAUGUUUAUAGUUUUGUGCGCUGAACGGUUUCAGGUUCAAUUGUCUUGGGAUCUGAGGGCCGUAUAGUAAUUUUCUAUAUGGUUUUUGUCAUUGCUUCAUGACGUGGCCUUGAUAAAUAAAGAUUGAAGAGGCAAGUUUCUUUGUUGCUGAAUUGGUCCUACUAUUUAGGAUUUAGGUGUCGGAUUCCAUAUAAAUAAUUUUAUGGCUUUGAUCACACAAGAUUAUCAAUAAGUGCCAUCAUAAUAUUUAAGCAUACUAGGAUCAUUCAAUGCAUGUCAUUGACUCAAUAAAUAGGAGAAUUUCAGAGAUGAUUCCGGUCCUAUGGAUCAAUCUAAGUUCAUGUAGUUCGGGUAGCUUAGAUUACAAGCUAUAAUAUGAUAAUUUUUAAAAAUUAUUUAUCUAAAAAAUAAU